AUGUUUAUAGCCAGGGAAGUUGCCCAUGAAUUUGCACAUAUGUGGUUUGGAGACUUAAUAACAUGUCAUUUUUGGGACCACUUGUGGCUCAAUGAAGGGUUUGCGGAGUUUAUGUCAUAUUAUGGCAUUGAUUACAUUGAACCAAGCUGGAAUUAUUGGGACAUGUUUGCCAAUCAAACAAUGUCUAAUGCAUUAAAAGCAGAUUCUGUUGACAAAUCGCCACCAAUUAUAUUAAACUAUAAAAAUGUUUCUGAUGUUACCAUUUUCGAUGAAUUAAUAAUGUAUUAUAAGUCAACAACAGUUAUACGAAUGUUGGAGUUUACAAUGGGAAGGGAGGCAUUCAGGGCUGGUAUGAGUGGUUAUGUAAAACAACACAAAUAUCAAUCAGUUCUCACUAAUGAUUUGUGGAAUUCAUUGAAUAAGACAUUCCCAGAAGAAAUGGAUACAUAUAUCUAUGAUUUGAUGGACAAGUGGACCACAAAACCUGGUUUUCCAUACAUUACUAUCAAAAGUGAUCCACAAAAUCCCAACACUAUUACUAUAACUCAGGAAAGGUUUCUAUCAAACGGACAAAAACCAAAAGAUGAAGGAAUGUAUUUCAUUGACUAUACUCUCGAAGAAUGGAACAAAUGGAUCACAGCUUUGGUCACCAAUGAAGACAAUAUUGUAGACAAACUCACAGCCAAUGAGAGAUCGGAAUUCAUUUUAGAGACAUUUUAUUUGUCGAAAGCAAACAAACUGUCGGUUAUUAAGCCCUUAGAGUUGUCUCAAUAUCUGGUGAAUGAAACCCAUUUCACUCCGUGGGCU